AUGGAAUCUUCUCAACAGAUUUCUGAAGAAUGGGGUUCUCUUUCUGGAUUGCACACAACUGAAGAAGCUGACUUUAUGGCUCAGUUGUUUGGUGGCACUAACUAUUCUGUCACAGAAAAGCACUAUGGAAAUACCAGUUUUGGCUUUUUGACUGGCCAUGAAUCCUCAAUAGCGACCAUGCAAGGCACUAAUAGCAACUCAUACUUCCCUUCAAAUGCUACAGAUAUUAACUUUUGUUUCUCACAAGGGAGUAGUUCCAGCACUGAUAGUGGGAAUAAUAUCUUUUCCACUACAAGUAGUGGAACCUACUCCUGUGAUCCUGCAACAAACUUUGACUCUCUGCCCAUGAUUAUUUGCAUGGGAGACGCCCAAUUUGUCUCCCAUAGUUUUCAGUGUAAUGACUACUCAGGCCAACAGAUGAGUGAAAACACUGAUGAAGAGUCAAGUCUAGACCCAGUGGCUCUAGCUGACAACAAUUUGCUGGUUAAGAGGGACUAUGAGAUGAUGGUUUCUGAACAUGUACAAGAGGAUAGAAGUGGAAACGUGGAGAACCUAACAAAAAGAUUUAGGAGCUCAAAAGAGGUCUCAAAAACAAUGAGGAAUGCUAAGUUGAAGAAAAAUUCAAAAUCUGCUUCAAUGAGCAAGGAUGAAGAUGAUAGAACCUUGAACCUCCAAACGCGAGGCUGUUUUUCACAGGGUGACUCUAAUGCUUCUCUGGAGCCAAAUGGAGGGGCAUCGAAAGAUCAUGCACCUCCCAAUUUGCUUAGAAAAUCAAGAGCAACUAACAGUCCUGCCACUGAUCCACAGAGCCUUUAUGCAAGAAAGAGAAGAGAAAGAAUAAAUGAAAGGUUGAGAAUACUACAAAGUCUUGUCCCCAACGGAACUAAGGUGGAUAUCAGCACCAUGCUUGAUGAAGCAGUGCAAUACGUUAAGUUUUUACAGCUACAAAUUAAGCUUCUGAGCUCUGAAGAUCUGUGGAUGUAUGCUCCAAUUGUUUUCAAUGGUAUAAACAUUGGACUUGACCUCAAACACUGCCCUGAAGCCAGAACUGGUGUUCAUAUACAAAUGAUUAAUUGUGCCAUCGUUUCAUAUGUGGAUUAUAGCCCAGAUUUCCCAACUCAGCAAUAUGAUAAAAAGCUGAACUGGGCACAAGAAUCUCGCAUUAUAUCGAUCCACGUAAUGCUUGCAAAAUCUAAAACUGAAAACUGGGUUGAAAUGGUGAAGAGAAUGUGGUAG